AUGCUUAAUUGGAUCUGGAUUUUUAUAAUUCAAGGUAAUUAGACUAACUUAUCUGCUGAUAAUGAUUACGUUACAUUUGCCUAAUACAACGACUGUAUGACUAAUAAGGUUAAUCACAGAGAACCUUGCACAGCUACUGCCAAUUUCUAAUAAACUAAAACAAAAGUCUAUUAAUACUUAAAUACCAAUCCUGCUUGUAUUGCUUAUAGUAAAUACGUUGAUACAGUGUUUGCUUUAAAUCAAUUAGAUUCUUCAGCUUUAAACUAAGACAAUUUAUACUAGAAUUGUCGUGCUAGUCCUGAAUUCUUAGCAAUUGUUAAAACUAGUGAUUGCCUUUACAAUUAAUUCAUUGUUCCUGAACUCAAAUUGUGA